CUCUCCCCGGUAGCGGCAGCUAGGGAGACGAGCCCAGACAGCGGGGAGGGGGAGUGGGGUCUAGAGGAGCGGGGAGAUUCACUGACAGCAGCAGUUAUGUUCACAUUAACAUAACUCGGUGAUUUUCGAUGAGUGGCUGGACAAGAUUUAACAAACCGUGGAGUCGGCUACGGUUUAUGACCAUCCUUAGGUUUCUCUCUGAGCUCUCUAGCCACGGACACGAAUACUGGAUAUAAUUGUGAAACCACCACGGUGGUGACCGUCCCUUUAAGAGCGGCUCCUGUAAUAAAGGUGGUGACCGUCCCUUUAAGAGCUGUGUGUGCAGUGUGGAUAUAGUGUGAUCCUGCCAGGAGAGCUGGAUGUGGAGCAGUGAGUGUGUCUCUGUCUAGCUCACUCCUCUCACACACACCUUGCCGCAGCCUUGGACAGAGGGACACAGAGACAGCAGCUACCCACUGAGCCUCUCUCCUCCCUGGGCUGUGAGACCGGACCUCCACCCCCUCCCCUAGCUGAGGACCAGGAGACCUCUCUAGAGACCCACAGCAGACCUCAGAGCAAUGUGACCACUGACUGAACCAAGCCAGGACCAAACAGGCUGUUAUGGAUCUGAGAAGAAGAAGAAACGGAAGAAACAGCACGCUGUGAAUCCCUGCUGGUCCAGUCACAAUGGUCCCAGUUCUGUUUUUGAUGGCAACCACGUUAACAACCAAUGACACUUCCAAUGAAGACCAGACAGGUGAAGACACUAAGUCCCAGAGUUCCCACAUCCUGCCUACCGUGCUGGUCAUCUCCGUGCUGCUUGUCAUCAGCAUACUGCUGGCCUGGUACUUCCUCAGGUUAAGAAACCAGAGAAAGGAGGUCGUCACAACAGUCGACAAGAAAAUACCGAAUGGAAUCCUGGAAGAACAAGAGCAACAGACAGUGGUGCUGCUUCCCAGAUCCCCCUCUGCCUCUAAGACCUACUUCCCCAUCUCAGUCGACUGUCUGGAGGAGGAGACCAGGAUACGUUCCGCUGACGACGGCAAACUCUUCAGAGAGGAGUUCAAUUCGUUGCCAUCUGGAUAUACCCAGGGGACAUGCCAGGAGGCCAACAAAGAAGAGAACAGAGAAAAGAACAGAUAUCCCAACAUCCUCCCAUAUGACCAUUCCAGGGUGGUGUUAACACAGCUCGAUGGAAACCUCUGUUCAGACUAUAUCAACGCUUCCUAUAUCCAUGGCUACACGGACAAUAACAAAUUUAUUGCAGCACAAGGUCCUAAACAAGACACAGUAGCAGACUUCUGGAGGAUGAUAUGGGAACAGAAGACAGCAACUAUUGUCAUGCUGACCAACCUGAAAGAGAGGAAAGAGGACAAGUGUUACCAGUACUGGCCAGACCAGGGCUGUUGGACCUAUGGUAAUGUCCGGGUGGCUGUGGAAGACUUUACUGUGUUGGUGGACUACACCAUACGGAAGUUCUGCAUACAAUAUCAGGCCAGUGACGGCACCAAGCCCUCCAGGCUGGUCACCCAGCUCCACUUCACCAGCUGGCCUGAUUUUGGGGUGCCCUUUUCCCCCAUCGGCAUGCUCAAGUUCCUCAAGAAAGUCAAGACGGUCAACUCCUCCUUCGCUGGUCCCAUCGUGGUUCACUGCAGUGCUGGUGUGGGAAGGACAGGGACCUUCAUUGUGAUCGACGGCGUGAUUGACAUGAUGCACCAAGAGCAGAAGAUUGACGUCUUUGGUUUUGUGUCCAAGAUACGAGACCAGCGCUCACAGCUUGUACAGACAGACAUUCAGUACUCGUUCAUCUACCAGGCCCUGUUGGAAUACUACCUCUACGGAGACACAGAACUGGACGUGUCAUCUCUGGAAGGACACCUGCACAAACUCCACAACACCCACGCCCCCUUCGACAGGGUCGGCCUGGAGGAAGAGUUCAAAAAACUGACCAACAUGCGGAUAAUGAAGGAGAACAUGAGGAUGGGAAAUCUCCCUGCCAACAUGAAGAAGAACAGAGUGCUCCAGAUUAUUCCAUAUGACUUCAACAGAGUGAUUAUGUCCAUGAGAAGAGGUCAAGAGUUUACUGACUACAUCAAUGCAUCAUUUAUAGAUGGCUACAGGCAGAAGGACUACUUCAUAGCGACCCAGGGUCCUUUAUCUCACACGGUAGAGGACUACUGGAGGAUGGCCUGGGAGUGGAAGUGUCACUCCAUCGUCAUGCUGACUGAACUACAGGAGAGGGAGCAGGACAAGUGUUUCCAGUACUGGCCCACAGAGGACUCAGUGACCUAUGGAGACUACACUGUAGAGAUGAAGGGAGACACUGUGUGUGACACCUUCAGUGUACGGGAUCUGGUACUCACCUACGGACCAGAUAAGCAGACACGUCUGGUCCGCCACUUCCACUUUCACGGCUGGCCAGAGAUCGGGAUCCCAGCCGAAGGGAAAGGAAUGAUCGACAUCAUCGCCUCGGUGCAGAGACAGCAACAGCAGUCAGGAAACCAUCCCAUCAUCGUACACUGCAGUGCUGGUGCAGGGCGAACAGGUACGUUCAUUGCACUGAGCAAUAUCCUGGAGCGGGUCAAGGCCGAGGGCCUGCUAGACGUCUUCCAGACGGUGAAGAGUUUACGGAUGCAGAGACCACAUAUGGUCCAGACCGUGGAACAAUACGACUUCUGCUACCGGGUGGUACAAGACUUUGUGGACAUUUUCUCAGACUAUGCCAAUUUUAAAUGAUGAAAUAUAUGCCUUACAAACAUAUUUUAUGUUCAAAUGUUGUUUUUGAAAUACCAGUCGGUCAGGCUUUGUGUUAUGUCCUUAGAAGGAUUAAAUGGUUUUCUAUUUUGCUAUGCACUUGUCCUUACUGUAACUAAAACUCCAUCCCUCGCUGUAAUAUACUGUAUGUCAAUGGACGAAAAAUUUGUAAAUGCCAAAAUGUAAGAUUAAUAAUGUAUAUUUCACAUCAUGUAUAAUAAUUAUUUUGUAAUGAAAUUCAAGUGUUUUUUUUUAACCUUGAGUCUCUUUAUUCACAUAUUUUAGUUGUUGUAUGAUACUGUACUUUUGUUAAAAAAUCUUGUUUAUUCA